AUGUUCCCUUUCUUGAAGCAUCGGUAUUCGAGGUCGGUCCAUGGCGAUGAUGCCCCGUCGCCUCCGGAGCUAAGAGUCGCCGUCUCCUCCGUGGAGAGUGGAGGCGCAUGUACGACGCUCACGGUGUGGAGAAAAUCGCUUCUGGUGAGUUGCGAAGGAUUCACGGUGAUAGAUUCGAAGGGAGAUUUGAUUUACCGGGUCGAUAAUUAUGCUCGUUCACGACCCGAAGAACUCGUCCUCAUGGAUAAAGAUGGCAACGCCGUCCUCCUCAUGCACCGUACAAAGAAAUUUACGCUAGUAGAUAGCUGGGGAAUAUAUGAAGCAAUUGAUACGAAUGGAGAAGCAAAAGCAGCAAAGUAUCCAAUCUGGUACAUGAAGAAAAACCUUAAGAUGAAUAUCCUAAGUACCAAAUCCGACAUUUUAGCGUACGUAUUUUCAAGUCCGUUUGAUAAGAAGAACUCCUACGUCAUCAAAGGAUCAUACAAAUGUAAAUCGUGUAAAAUAAUGUACGUUUCAUCGAACCGGGAAGUGGUGGAGAUCAAAAGAAAAUGUUGCAGAGCUAAAGGAGUUCAGUUUGGUUCAGAUAUUUUUGAUAUGGUUGUUAGUCCUGGUUUUGAUACAAGUUUGGCAAUGGCUUUGGUUUUGUUAUUAGACAAAAUGUUCUCCUAA